CGAUCAGUAGGUUUUGAACCACCGCGCUGAGCGAUCGUGGUGGCGCGCAGUGAUCGAACGAGCCUAGUGCUCCUGAGUGUAGCUGUUACGACCGAGACCGAGCCGACAUGGAAGUGGCGGGUCAAUGGCGCCGGGAGUGGGCCGGGACCGCCGAAUAUGGAAAGGUGACGCAAGGCGGUGUAACGAGACACGUGGCGCGUGCUAUGGAGGUGCUAAAUGCUAGUGCACCGGGUGCGCGCGUGCGAGUCAUGCGUGCCGCUUAUCACUCCUCUGCGGGGCCAGGUUUACCAGCCGUAUCGUCUCUGAUGCACUCUUCACGAAGGGUGAUCUCAUCUGGCUUCAACUUGUUGGAAUCGCCGACAACACCGCUUAAACCUUUAGAGAUCUCUUCAACCCCUCUGGACGCGGCCCCCGAAUUCAAUACUGAUACCGAUAAUUACAAAGUCACAGAACCAGACGAUUUUGAAAUUUCAGAACCUUCGAAAUGGAGAAGUUCUUCAGGAAGUAAUUCGAUACGAAUGCCAAGUGAAGAAUCGUCUUCCACUGAUAAUGCCAGCAUCAUCGAUCUAGAUUCACGACAUCACAGAAGUGUAAUCAGAAAACAUUCAUAUGACUCUGAAAAUAGCGACGUACCAUUAAAUAGAAAAGGCAGUUGUCGAUUAUCACCUCUUCUAGACGCACCUGUAGCUUUAAGCACUCUUAAAUAUAAAUCACUUUUAAAUGGAAGUAACGACUGGACUAAUAGAAGAAAAAGUUACAGCUUUGAGGAUACAUCACCACUGAACGAAACUAUAUCCUACAGCAACGAUACACUUGCAAUGGAAUCCUCAACGGAUAGUGGCAUUUGCAAGUCUACCGAAAUUGUUAAUGAACCUGAUGACAAAUUAAUUGAUCAUAAAGACAGACACGAAGGGACGUUUAAGGAUUGGCUUUCUAAAAAUAGGCCAAGUUCGUCAUUUUACAAAGGUCAUCAUAUAAAACCUAGACGAGAACAUGAUGUUGUUGUUGAAGAACCUCUCGAAAACAGUGUUGCUUUACAAUCUAAAGGGAGAGUAACAAUAACAGUACCAAUUAAGGUUGAAACUAACGAAGAGUAUCAAUAUAGAAAAAACCAAGCAAAUGAAGACGGGGACCGCAAAGUAAAAAAAGUAGGAUUCUGUAAGACUGAACUGCACUUUGCUGCUGAAACAGGAGUGGUUAACAUAAUUGCAACUGAUGAAAAGCCGCCACCAUCAAACGAUUUUCGAAAGAGACGAAGUGCUUUUGUUCCUAUUCAUGGUAAUUUCGAGAAACCUAUAACAUUAUUUGGCGAAACUAUUAAGGAUUUCCCUGAAAUAAAGCCUAGUGAAUUUUCACCUACUAUCAACAACGAAACCAGCGAAAUCGAUGAGAAUACAGCAGCUACAAAAAGUAUUCUCAAAAAUAGAAUUCCGAAACCCAAGCCAUAUCUUUUAGGAGAGAAUAUAGUAUUUGGGUCUUCUGACGACGACGUUGCCGAUAAAAAUGAUGACAGGAGUUUUUCAAACAAGGUGCCUACAGCUGUGUCUUUAAUAAAUAAACAGCUGCAAGAGAGGAGGUACAGCACUGAAACUGCGUCGACUGAUACUGAUAUAGAUAUCAUUAAAAAUAAUGUAUCUAGGACAACCAACACAGGUCCACAAAUCAUUGAUACCUUGAAAGUCAAAAGGUCUGCCUUUGAGCUCAAAGACAGUACUUCUACUAACAAUUACAUCCAAGAAUCGAAUACGAAUUUUGUUAUAAAUAAGCUUCGAACAUUGCAAAUGUCUCCUUUACCAGGGCGAGCUAAAACAAGGCAACUUCGAGACAGUGAUUUAACUUAUUUUGGGGUUGACAAGAGUCCAAGACAGCCCAUCACGGAGACAUCCAAAUAUGUCGACCGACUACAAUCUGAACGAGAUAGUAUUGAUGAUAUUUUUCAAUCGGUGAAACUUAUACAGAAGGUUUCAAACAGUGUUUGUAACAGCGAAGCGGAAUCUGAAGAUGCUCCUGAAUAUCAAAACAUUCCUGUUAAGAGCAACUUUGCUCCAGUACCCACACCUCGAGCGCGAUCCAAAAAUGACUACAGUUUAUUAGAUCCUAAAGAAAAGAAAAUAUUAAGACCAGUUAUUGAACAAGCUAAUGAGGAACGCGCUCAAACUACAGACUCGCGAAGGUCAAGGAUUCGUCGACAGGAAAACACUAUAACAUUUUCUACUCGAAGUAUAUCUGCGCCUCCAAAAACAAAUACGUUGAAUUCUAUAGAAAUACCAAGAACUCAGGACAUAUGUUCACAAGUUCUAGGAAAAAUGUCUCCUCCACCAAGGUCAAAAACGAGUCACAAUGUUGAAGGUCGUACUUCCAACACCAAAAGAACGCCAACAACGAAACGUGAAGUAUCCGAAGAGAAAGAACCACUGUAUGUAAAUCUCAAUGCACAGGAAAGGAAAAUUAAGAAUACUAUUCAAAGGACAGAUUCCGUACGCCGUAAGUUAGAAGCACAGAAAAAAACACGCGUUAAAGUAGACACAAGUAGCAACAAACGCACAGAAAUUGCUGAAACUCGUAAAUCGCGAAGCAAUUGUACCCACGCCAGGUCAGAAAAUAAAGAAAGAGUAACAUCAGAAUCGCGCGCUGACGCAGAUAGUGUAGAGAAGAAAGAAAAUUCAUUACCGAAAACCACUCGAGUGAAAAGAACUGAAAAACUUUCCACCCCCGACUAUUCUAAUGAAAAAAUAUACAAUUCUUCAAGUCCUCGCAGAAAGUCUUCAAGUGAAAGAACGGAUGAUGAUUAUAAUAAUAGACAGACUUCAAAAAAAGAACACAGAAGUAGAUCUGCUCAACGACGGCCGACUAAAGAAAACAGUGAACAGAUUGUCGAAGAAGAAAAUAAACAAGAUGAUAGGAGGGAUUCAAAACACCAAACAAUAAUUGAAGAAAAUAUGGAUGUGAAACAUCGUACAGGAAAUUUAUCUAAAGAUAGGUCUGGUAGAAGAAAAGAAUCUACUAAAACACCGCAAAAAACUUACUCGAAACCUGAAAGUACUCAUCAUUCCACAAACUCCAGAGGUCGAGAAAAAAUCAUUAUAGACAAAGUUCCGAAUGCAAAACCGGAUAGUAAAGCACCCAAACGUAGUGAGUACGUAAUAAACUACGACGAUAAAAACGGAACGGUAUCAUCUAUAUGCAAAGUCUCUGCAUCUGGUACUUCCAAAAAGAAAAAGGCAAUCAGAGAAAGGGAUACAGACAUCCCAAAAGAACAUAAAAUGAAAAACAAAGCACCAGAAAAAAUUGCCCUGCUGCAGUUUCCAGAACACCAUUGGGAUCCGUACGAGAUGAAUUACGUGGAUAGAAAAUGGAAGAAAAAAAUGCAUGUACAACGAACUUGCCAACUAUUAUAGCCCAAGGAAAGCUAGUCUGAUUCGACGUCGUGAUUUACCUUAUAUUCUUCACUUGAAUCCUAUUUGCGCUUUUGUGGCGUAAUUCAAUGUGAAAUUGUAACAAUGAUCUCACACACACUAUUUAUGAGGAGUACAUUAACAUUCUUAAAAUUUCAUUAAUCAUUAGUGUAACAAAUUAAUAAACAUAUU